UCAGCAGACCAACCACUUGUCGGCCUGAUCGUGAAGAGAAUCCGUACGUGGCGUGAAAUAGGCAAAUUCAGCCUUAAUUCGUUUCCUUCCAAUUGCUUCUGCAGGUGGAGGCAUGCAGCAUCGAUCAGCUGCUGACUCGCUGAGACCAUAUUUGAAGACGCUCGCGGUGUCUGCCUUUCAGAAGUUAGCUAGGAGGAAUAAUAAAAAGAAAGGUAGGAAAAUGGGAGGGAAGUGGAGCGUAGUUGUGAAAGAGGUAAAGACGGUGAGCUAUGUGGCGGCACCGAUGGUUGCCGUCACGGUUUUGCAGUAUCUCUUGCAGGUUGUUUCCGUGAUGAUGGUGGGACACCUCGACCAGCUCUCGCUUUCCGGGGUCUCUAUCGCCACCUCUUUCGCCACUGUAACCGGCUUCAGUCUCCUGUUUGGGAUGGCUGGUGCGUUAGAGACUCUAUGCGGACAAGCUUACGGGGCAGAGAAAUAUGAAAAGCUUGGAAUCUACACUUACACCGCCAUCAUUUCUCUUUUUCUGGUUUGCAUCCCAAUAUCUCUCCUCUGGCUCUUCACCGACAAGCUACUGAUCCUCAUAGGCCAAGACCAUUCAAUCUCGCUUAUAGCGCGCAAAUACUCUGUAUGCCUCAUCCCCGACCUCUUUUCAUACGCUAUUCUUCAAUCGCUAACUCGCUACUUCCAGACUCAGAGCAUGAUCCUCCCAAUGCUCUUCACUUCAUGCGCAACUCUGUGUCUCCAUAUUCCCAUUUCUUGGGCUCUUGUUUUUAAAUUAAAUUUAGGAAGUGUUGGAGCCGCGUUAGCCAUUAGUUUAUCGUUUUGGUUCAAUGUCUUCUUGCUUGGGUUAUACAUGAAGUACUCUUCUGCUUGUGAAAAAACUCGUGCCCUGUUCUCAAAGGAUGUCUUCCUGAGCAUGAGGGAGUUCUUUCGGUUUGCUAUUCCUUCUGCCGGCAUGGUUUGUCUUGAAUGGUGGUCAUGUGAGGCUCUUAUUUUGCUUUCUGGGCUUUUACCAAAUCCAAAAACGGAGAUUUCAGUCCUUUCGAUAUGCUUUACAAUUACUUAUUUGCACUACUACGUGCCAUAUGCAUUUGGAGCCACUGCAAGCACUCGGGUUUCAAAUGAGUUGGGAGCUGGGAAUCCACAGGCAGCUAAAGUGGCUGUUAAGGCCAUAAUGGUUCUUGCAAUUGCAGAGAUGGUUACUGUAAGCAUGAUUCUAUACUUUUGCCGCAAUGUUUUGGGCUAUGCCUUCAGCAAAGAGAAGGAAAUUGUGGACCAUGUUGCAGAUAUGGGGCCUUGGAUUUGUCUCUCGAUUAUUAUGGAUGGUUUACAAGCUGUUCUUUCAGGAGUUGCUAGAGGAAGUGGGUUGCAGAAUAUAGGAGCCUAUGUCAAUCUUGGUGCAUAUUAUCUGGUUGGGACUCCGAUAGGUGUUGUCUUGGCUUUCGUUUUACACUUAGGUGGCAAAGGCCUUUGGAUUGGAUUAGUGACAGGAUCUACUGUUCAAGCAACUCUGCUUGCUCUCACAACGAGUUUCAACAAUUGGCAAAAGCAGGCAAUAAAAGCAAGAGAGAGGAUACUUGAGGUUGAGGGAGAUACUUAAUUAGUUCAGAUCACUUCAGAGGGAACUGAAUUGGAUGGGCAGAGCAAUGUGUUAGAAUAUAUGAUGAGAUUUGAUUGUAACUCAUUUCAUAUUUGAUAGUAUCUCCCCCUAUAAUUUUGUAUUAUCUCUGCCUAUUACAGCUUACCUAUAAAUAGGGACUAUUUGUAUAGUAAGUUAUCAAAGAAUAAGAGCAAGAUGUAACAUGUUGGGCUCUUUCCUAAUGGUAAA